AUGAUUGAAAACACGGUCCAGCCCUCCUCUGCUGCCGGACAUGCUUUUGUCCUCCUGCCUCGCUCACCCGAUGUUGCAGUAAUACAGAUGGAUCGUAGUAGAGAGGCAGAAAUGGAGUUACGGAGAUCCUCCAGCCCAGGCAAGCUAAGCAAGAAUGACACGGAUGCUGACAAGACCAUGUGCCACAGCUGCUGCAUCUGCGGUAAAAGUUUCCCUUUUCAGAGCUCCUUGUCGCAGCACAUGAGGAAGCACACGGGCGAGAAGCCCUACAAAUGCCCUUACUGUGAUCACAGAGCUUCCCAAAAGGGCAACCUGAAGAUCCACAUCCGUAGUCACAGAACAGGCACUUUAAGUCAGGGGCACGAGGCAGAGAUGGGAGAGGCGCAACUGGGGGAGAUGGGAGUUUCGGAGGGCCUCGGCGGGUGCACCAGCCCCACUAAAAGUACGUCUGCCUGCAACAAGAUCUUGAAUGGUACCACUCAGGUAGAUAGCAGCAAGAUCUUGUUGAGAAGCAGCAAGAAGGAGGUCAUGGAGGUGGCGCCAGCCAAGGAGGAUGGCAAGCUGACCUCUUACCAGUGUACCUUCUGCAAAAACAAAUUUGAAAGGAAGAAGGACCUGGAGCAGCACCUGCACCAGGUCCACAAACCGUUCAAGUGCAGGUUGUGUAGCUACAUGACCCUGAGGGAGGAGACGCUGUUAAACCACAUAGAGAAGGACCAUAUAACAGCUCAGGUCCCAAAUGGGGAGGCCUACGCCGAGAACUGCAAGAGCGAGCUGAGCGCAGGCGAGUUUCCGUGCGAAGUCUGUGGUCAGGCCUUUAGUCAAACCUGGUUCCUGAAAGCUCACAUGAAAAAGCACAGGGGGUCAUUUGAUCAUGGGUGCCACAUUUGUGGCAGGAGAUUCAAAGAGCCCUGGUUUCUCAAAAACCACAUGAAGUCGCACGGCCCCAAGACCGGGAGCAAAAACAAACCAAAAAAUGAUUUGGAGCUCAUAGCCACUAUCAAUGACGUGAUACAGGAGGAGACGAUUGUCACGGGCCUGUCUCUGUAUGAAGUUUGCACCAAGUGUGGAAAUCUGUUUACAAAUAUGGAAAGCCUGAAAGCGCAUAAUUCUGUUCACUACCGGGCGCAGCGGGGCAGCACCGGGGAUAAAGCCGAGGGCUUAAUUGAUGGGAGCCUAAGCUCCUCGGUAACGAAGCAGUUUUUCUUGCAGUGUCUCAAUCUAAGGCCAUCUGUAGGGCUGGAUAGAGUUACAAGAGGACAGCCUGGGAAAAGAGUAGCCGAGCUGGAUCCAGUCAGUAGCUACCAAGCUUGGCAGCUGGCCACCAAAGGAAAAGUAGUAGAGCCCUCAGAGUAUGUGAAGUAUGUGGGAUGGGACGAGGCCCUGGCGGAUGCGGACGUGACUUAUGACAAGGAUAAGAGAGAAUAUAUCCUUGUCAACCAGGAGAAGCGCAAGCGAGACCAGGACUCGCCCAGCUCUUCCAGCAACCCCAAGAAGAAGAGCUGCACCAGUGGGCGCCCAGAGAAAACCGGCGCCACCGAGUGCUUUGAGUGCGGGAAGAUCUUCCGCACCUACCACCAAAUGGUGCUGCACUCCCGGGUGCACCGCAAGGAGCGGAGGAGCUGCAGCGAGGGUGGGACGGCCGCCCAGCCUGACCGCUACGGCUCCAGCAGUGAGGAAGGGGACUCGGGGUCCGUCAGCGGGCCCAGCACCCCGGGCUCCGCGUCCGCCCUGGAGGACUCGGCCACCUCUGGCCUGGGGGAGGAGGGGGCUGAGGAGAGCUCGGAGGAGGGAGCAGCCAACCCCUCGCUAG